GGCUCUGCUGGUGGGAAGGCAGAAGGAAGCCGCGGGAUAUAAGGCCUUGGGCUGUGUCUGCCUUACAGCACUGCCUCUUGAGACUUGCCAAUUACGCUUCUUCCUGCCAAACAGAACACCCCAAAGAAUGCCAAUUUUACGCCACACCGCGGUUGCGUUUAGGACUGCGGUCUGCCCUCAUACAAACCCGGCAGAAGGUUGUAGCCGAAGACCGUACAGUAUUGCUCUGGUAGGGCUCGGCUACCGGGGGUAUAGAAGCCAUUUCCUCAGCCUCAUCGGCCAACCAUCAAUCUCCAUUGCCGCUGUCUGCGACAUCAAUAGCAGUUCCCUCGCAUCCUUCUCAGCCAAACACCAGCACAUCCCUGCUUACCGGUCUCUACCGAAGCUUCUGUCCCGCCACACACCAGAUUUUGCGAUUGUCUCGGUCCCUCAUGGUGCUCACAUGCAGUGCAUCACUACGCUUGCCGAAAGGGGAAUCGCGGCUUUGAAAGAGAAGCCAGUGGCGGAAUCAAUAGAGGAUUAUCAGCAUAUGAUGCUGCUUCCCGUGAAGAUAGGGGUUACCUUCCAGAAGCGGUUUGAGCCACGGUUCUUGCGCUUCCGCAGACUCUUGCCUCUUGUUGGAGACGUUGCUGCCAUUGAGGCCAGUCUCGCCCUGAAUAUCACGAAUUUGGAAGAGACGUGGCGCGCCACGUCAGGAGUUGGAGUCACGGAAGACCUUGGCUGCCAUAUGCUUGACUUGAUAGUGUGGCUUUUUGGCCUACCUACUUCGCUCAUGGCAAUUAACGUUGAUUCUGUUCGGCCAUUCCAGAUGUACAGGGGAGACGAUGUCUCGGAUAUUAUGAUGGAUUGGAGACCAAAAAAGAACUGCAUAGGGCAUGUUCGACUGUCUCGCGUUGCGCACCGGGCCUCUCAGUCUAUCUCCGUAACAGGAACCAGGGGCACUCUGAUUUUGGAAGAAGACAGGAUAAAACACUAUGAUUCCCGGGGGCACCAAAAAUUGGCUGUCGAGCACCAGCAUGUAGACCGACCGGUCAUACAGUCAAUGGUCCAUCAAUUUGGUGACUGGGUUGCCGGAAACAGACUGGAUUUCCCAACCGCUGUGGGGAACGUGCGAGACACGGUUCUCCUUGGUGAAUCGAUAAAGAGGUCUCUUGUUACUCGCCAAGUUCAACAUCCCCAUCUACAUCUAUCUUCAAAGUCUCCUCUUUUACCUGGUGACAAACAGGUAUCAUGGAAACCAGCAGGGCAUUUUCAGUCCGUAGCAAGAUUCUCUACCUCAACCCGUAACCGCCAAAGGAACACGGUCUUUUCACUCAACACUGGCGCGUCAAUCCCAGCUCUUGGAUUGGGAACCCGCAGAGCGGAGUACCCCGGCCAGGUGUAUGACGCGGUUUUGGUCGCAUUACAAACAGGAUAUCGCCAUAUCGACACUGCACAGUCUUCUGGUAAUGAAGAGGAGAUCGGUAGGGCGAUUAGGGACCUUGGGAUUCCGCGGGAGAAGGUCUGGAUUACUACGAAGCUGGACAAUAGCUGGCAUACUCGUGUUAGGCAGGCAUUAGAACAGUCGCUGUCGGCAUUGAAUACGGACUAUGUUGAUCUGUACUUGAUGCAUUGGCCUGUUCCUAUUGACCCUAACGAUACUACGAGGGUGCUUGGUGGUUGGAGUUUCGUCGAUACCUGGAGGCAAAUGCAACGGCUGCCCAGAAGCGAGGCGCGGAACAUUGGCGUAUCAAACUUCGGCAUCACCCAUCUCACCAGAUUAUUAGCGUUCGCAGGCAUCGAUCAAUCAUGUACCGCCGUGGUCCCCGCGGUCAACCAGAUCGAACUCCAUCCAUAUUGGACCUCCCAGCACCUUCUCAAGUACUGCUCCGACCGCGGAAUCCACUGCUCAGCCUACUCUCCUCUGGGGUCGGCGAAUUCUCCUCUUCUACGCGAUCCCACUGUCUGCGACAUGGCGCGUCAAAGGGGGAGAACGCCACAACAAAUACUGCUCCAAUGGGGCAUCCAGCGUGGCACGAGUGUGAUCCCCAAAAGUACCAGGGCAUCUCGGAUCAAGGAGAACUUUCACAUUCAGGAAUGCAGCCUUGGGCCGGAGGAGAUGAAGAGACUUGGCAGUUGUUCGGCUCGCUUCAAGUCUUGUAAAGAUGAGUGGCUGCCGGAUAGGGUGUUCUUAGGUGGUAGUGAUUGAGCGAGAGAAUAUACCUAGAUAAUUACUGCCUUGCAUACGUUCAACCACUACCUGCACUGGUACCGUUGGCAUUCCCGGACCAUAUCUGCCACCUUCAAUUUAUAGUUCUAGGAAUAGGUGUUCCAUACCAAACGUGAGCGGCGAG